GGCUCAAACCCAUGACCUAUGAGUUCAUGACCUGAACCAAAGUUGGAUGCUCAACCUACUGAGCCACCCGGGUGCCUCUAAGAUAUAUUUUUAAGUGAAAAGGCAAGGUGCAGGCAGUAAGUAUGAUAUGAUACAAUCUGUGUAAAAGAAGGUGGUGAAAGGCUUAUAUGCUUGUUUUUGCUUGCAUAUACAUUAACAAACUCUAGAAAGGUAUGCCUGAAACCAGUAACAGUGAAUUCUUGUGGUCAUAGGGGAGGGUAAAAACUGGGUAGUUGGGCCAGAGGAGUGGGAAGAAGUUUUUUCAGUGAAUAACUUUUUGUAUUUUUUGAUUUUUGAAUUAUGUAUUUUGCCUGCUCAAAGAAUUAAACAAAAGAAGAAAAGAAAAAGUUGAAUUAGAUUGGCUCUUAGUGAAAAAUGCCUGCCAGCUAGGUAAACAAAAACUCUUCCUUCUUUUUGUCUUUCUUUUUCUUUGUGUUUUAGUUAGUGUAAGAAGUGGCAGAAUACUGAGACAAAUAGAAAUAAGCAAAAAUUAAAACAGUAAAAAUGGGCAAAUUAUCCCGGGGUUUGUCCAGACUAAGUAGAGAAAAAAUUGAGACAUACUGAAUUAUGGAUUCAUUUCCUUAUAGGAUAGCUAAAUUGAGUUUGUGUUGGUAGAUGAAAGACAAGGAAUAUCAACAUGAAUUAUUUAUUAGAUAUAAGUGCCUGUUGUUAGUAAGUAUGCUGUUAUUGCUCAGGGGUCUGUGGAAAAAAUGUUUCACUUUUCAGAAUAUAAAUUAGAUGACCCUUUCGCAUUUCCAUUUUAUGUAUGAUUUGUGAUAAAACCUUUUUCUUUGUCAAAGGAGACUUUCCCUUUGAUAGAUACAUGAAAGACAUUUGAAUUAUUUAAAAUAUGGAAUUUAUUUUUGCUCCUUUUGAAUACAUUGUAAAAAAAAGUUCAAAUUGUAUAAAACAGAAUACAGUAGGUGAUGAGUCUCUUCCUUCCCACAGAUCCCUACACCCUUCUUUAUAGAGUUUCUCAAAUGGGCAUUAAAUUGUUGAACCCUCUUUCUUAUUUAUUUUCUAUCUGAAACUCUUUAGAGACAUGUCCUUUAGUAAUGUUCAAAUGUCCUAGGUUGCAAUAUUUAUGAAACUUUAGGAUCUGGAUCUUUUACCUCAAACUCUAAAUAUUUGGGGAUUUUCCUAGAUAUUUUAUUGUUGAUGAUCUCUCAUUUAAUCAUACUUUGUAUGAUUCAACCUUCUCAAAUUUAUUGAGACUUCUUCUAAGGCUCAGCGCAUAGUCUAACUUGGUGAAUAGUCCAUGUGCAUUUGAAACGAAUUUAUAAUUUGCUAUUGUUGGGUGCAGUGUUCUAUGCAUGUAAAUUAGGUCAUUUAGGCUGAUAGUGUUAUUAAAAUCUUCAGUAUGCUUAUUGAUUUUUUUCUUUUUGCAUUUUUCUUUCAGUUACUGAGAGAUGCAUGUUAAAAUCCUCAACUAAGAUUAUGAAUUUGUCUUUUUCUCCCUUUAUUUUUGAUAAUUUUUGCUUCAGGUAUUUAAAGCUCCAAUAUUAGGUACACACAGAUGUCUUCAUGAAGAAUUUAUUCUUACAUCGUUUUGACAUGACCCUCUUUUUCCCUGGUAUUGGUUUGCCUUGAAAAAAGGUUAUCAUGUGGCUUUCAAAUACAGCAGCAAAACUGAUAACUUCAUGGAAGAACAAAUUGAUCAGCAUAAAGAAGUUAUAGAUAGAAUGACUGAUUUGAGCAUGCUCAGGCUGUUUGAGACCUACCUGGAAGGCUGCCCACAGCUUGUUUUGCAGCUCUACACCCUUCUGGAACAUGGUCAAGCAAAUUUCACUCAGUAUGCUGCCAUCAUGGUUUCUUGCUGUGCUAUUUCUUGGUCGACUGUUGAUUAUCAAGUAGCUUUAAGAAAAUCCUUGCCUGAUAAAAAUCUCCUUAAUGGAUUCUGUCCUAAACUCACAUACCUCUUUUACAAAUUGUUUACAUUAUUAUCUUGGAUGCUGAGUGUUGUACUUCUUUUGUUCAUAAAUGUUAAGAUUGCAUUAUUUCUGUUGUUAUUUCUUUGGUUUUUAGGGAUAUUGUGGGCAUUUAAAAAGCAAACUCAGUUUUGUGCUUCUAUAAGUAUGGAAUUCUUAUACCGAGUUGUUGUUGGAUUCAUACUUACCUUUACAUUUUUUAAUAUUAAGGGACAGAACACCAAAUAUCCAAUGUUCUGUUAUUAUAUUGGAAGGGUACUGGUCACAGUGGGGAUAUUAAUUGUGCUUUGGGUUUGCCCAGUCUCUAUUUUUAAUUCAGACUAUUUUAUACCUAUCAGUAUCACUAUAGCUCUUAGUCUGGUCCUUGGAAUUAUUUUUCUUAUUGUUUAUUAUGGGACUUUGCAUCCAAACAGAAAUGAAGAAACAAAACCUGAUGAAAUUGAUGGAAUAGCAGCUGAAAGAGAUUGUAGAAUGAAGUAUUUUCUAAUGGAAUAGCUAUUCAUUUAUGAGAUAUGUUUUUUUUAUUUUUUGUUUCAUUGGUUAGUAAAGAAAAUGUCAUAUGUA